GGGCCGCAGCCAAUGGCUCCGCGCGCCGCAGGAGGGGCGGGGCCGAGGGGGAGGCGCGGCGGGCCAAUGGGCAGGCGGAGCGGCAGGUAUGAGAUGGCGGCGGGAGCACCGGCGCCUGGUGGCGGCGGCGGCAGUGAUGCCAUCUGCAAUUUUGUCAUCUGCAAUGACUCCUCCUUCCGCAGCCAGCCGAUCAUCUUCAAUCCUGACUUCUUUGUGGAAAAGCUGCGCCAUGAAAAACCAGAGGUGUUCACAGAGCUGGUUGUCAGCAACAUUACCAGGCUCAUUGACUUGCCUGGGGCAGAGCUGGCCCAGCUAAUGGGAGAAGAGGACCCAAAGCUGCCUGGGGCAAACAGCACAGCCUCUGGAUUUUUUCGUUCUCUGAUGUCUCUGAAGCGCAAGGAGAAAGGGGUGGUGUUUGGCUCACCACUGACAGAAGAAGGCAUUGCGCAGGUUUCCCAGCUAAUCGAGUAUCUGCACAAAAAUCUAAGAGCAGAAGGCUUGUUUCGAGUGCCAGGCAACAGCAUCAGGCAACAGAUCCUAAAGGAUGCUCUGAACAGUGGUACAGAUAUUGACCUGGACUCUGGGGAGUUUCAUUCCAAUGAUGUGGCUACCCUGCUAAAGAUGUUCCUGGGGGAAUUACCAGAGCCAUUGCUGACACACAAGCAUUUCCAUGCCCACCUCAAAAUUGCAGACUUGACACUGUUUGAUGAGAAGGGGAAUAAGACCAGCACUCCAGACAAAGAGCGCCAAAUUGAAGCCCUCCAGCUGCUGUUUUUGAUCCUUCCCGCUCCCAACCGCAGUCUGCUCAAACUGCUCCUGGACUUGCUCUACCAGACCGCCAAGAAGCAAGACAAGAACAAGAUGUCUGCCCACAAUCUUGCCCUCAUGUUUGCACCCCACAUCCUAUGGCCCAGAAAUGUGACAGCAAAUGACCUUCAGGAAAAUAUCACAAAGCUGAACAAUGGAGUGACCUUCAUGAUCAAACAUUCUCAGAAACUCUUCAAGGCUCCAGUGUACAUCCGGGAGUGUGCCAGGCUGCACUAUCUGGGAUCCAGAGCCCACACAUCAAAGGACGACCUGGAUUUGCUGACGUCUUCUGGCUCCAAGGAGCUGCAGCCCCUCAAGUCUCAAAAGCGAAGCCGGCUGGACUCUUGCCAUCAGGAGGAGACCCAGCAGCGCACAGAGGAGGCACUGAAGGAGCUCUUCCGCCAUGUCCACAAUAUGCCUGACUCUGCAAAGAAGAAGAAGCUUAUCCGACAGUUUAAUAAGCAUCCUACAGCUCUUACUCCUGGCUCUGAUGUACCCACAUCCCCAGCACCACGACGUGCCCGCUCGCGCUCCUUCAGCGGCCUCAUUAAGCGGAAAGUUUUGGGAACCCCAGUUAUCCUGGAGAGGAAGAGCAGGGAUACCACACCAGAGCCUGUGCGGGUCAGCAAAGAGAAUGUCCAACUGUUACAGAAAUGUGGCUCUCCAGCUCAUGUGUCCCAAGCAAAGCUGAAAACUCUGGAGGGCCGGAAAGAGGAAUCCUGUAGGCGCAUGCGAGCCCUCCUGCUUUCCAAGGAUUCAUCAUCCCUCUGAAUCGCCUCGCACCAACGCAUGGGUGGGGAUUGCCCAGCCUCGCAAGCUGUGAAUAAAUAACGUGCUGCACUGAGAGGGGAGUGCUGCAGGCUCACGGCACCCUCAGCAACACGGCAGCACUCUUGAAACUGGACCUUUGCAAAGACUGCAGGGACUUGUUUCUUUCUGUAUAUAAAUUACAUUUCAUUCUACUAUGGGGCAAACCACUAUCUAACCAAAACUUGUGCAGCAUGUCUGACCUGCUGGCUCUGGGAAGAGCUGGAGUGCUUACUUACAAGGAGAGCCCUGUUCAUUGCAGAGCCCUGCGUGCACUCCCAGCUUUCUCUGCAAUGUUGCUAGGCUGUAUUUUUUUGCUUUUCUGCUCUGAGUUUUUAACACAUUGCCUUGUUUUUGCUUCCUCUCCUCUGCUAGCAGUGAGAACAAUGGACUGCAACCUUUACCUGCAUCCUGACAGCUAAGCUUGCCUCCAGUCCUCCUCUGGAGCCGGGCUUCUUCUGGGCUCCAUUUUGCUCUGCUGUUUGCAAAGGGCUGGAGUGCACAAACGGUACAGAGCACAGGAUGGGCCUGGGAGGAGGGGAGAGGCUCUGGAUGCCAUCAUCUCAAGCGGGCAAAGCAGCAUCCCCAAUAAACUCAUCCCUCUGUUUUAGCUGGAGCUGGAGGCAGCCCUUGCUCACUGCCUUCAUAUCUCAGUGGCACUGAGCAACUCUGAGCAAGGAGUGUCUCUGCUGUGCGUUCACCCAGGGAGGCUGAGCAGAGCAGGAGGCUGGCAUAAGCUGUCUGGGGCAGAACAGCCUAGUCUUUGGAAAUUACAGUGCCUGGAGCAGGCAGAGUCUUGUGGCUGUGUGCAAAGCAUAAAAACAGUGUGAGCAGCGUGAGAGGUGAGAGGAGGCUCCAGCCCCUUGUGAUCUGCUGCAAAUUGUGCCAAAGGCUUUGGCUCAAGAUAUCUGGAUGGCUGGUAAGGCAACUGGCUCAUUAGUCAUUAAACUGGGGGAAAGGGCUGAAGGUGGGUUCAGCUCUUUGGUCUGAGCUGCAGAAAUGAGAUUAAACCAUCUAGAUAUGGGAUAAACCCCCAUCACAGCUGGCCAGUGGCAGUGGUCUUGUUAAGCUAAAGUACUCCAGUAAGCCAAUCUUGCCAAGAACAUGUCUGCAGGCACUCUGAGGUAGGAUACACAUAGGGUCACUACUGUGAAAUAAAGAUUUAAUCAGCUGGGGAACCAUCUAAACACUUCUCAGCCCUUCUCAGCAAAGCAAAUAAUCUCUGGAAUCCAAUUAUAUUUGUCUUCUAAUCUUUAGGAACCAGCAGCUAGCAGGAGUUAGAGCUCUGUUCUUGACAGCUUUCUGAAACAACUGGUGACAGGAGGUGUGAAUAUUGGGAUAAGAGCAGGAAGUUCAGUCCGACUGGCUGGAGCUGUCAGAACAGGGCAUCGGAGACCUGUGUGGCUUAGCUGGAAUUUGUCACUUUCUUUAAUUCUGAUUUUUUAAUUUUUUUUUUUUUUAGAUACAGCUUUUGCUGCUCUGUAGAAAGGGAGAUUUCUGGUCCUUUAUUGAGGGGACCUGUCCCCAGUCUGACCCCAGGCUGGAGCCUUGAAAAUGUAGGGGGUAGUGGAACUACAGACAUGUGAGUUGCUGGUGUUAGGAGCCUCUGUCACAGCAAAGAAAGAGCUGUGGUUCUUCAGGGACCAGGCUGGCAAGGAUGCUGUGAGGAAGGGCAGAGGCUAUUUGCUGUGGCAGUAGUAUGUGCUUUUUGAAUGUGUCUGUAAUCAUUCCCUCCAGGGGAUGAAGCUGUCUAUGUGUUUUUCUCCGAAGGGCACUGUAUGUUUUGCUGACUGCACUUCUGCCCUGUCCCUGCAGCCCACUGUUAGCAGAGACCUGGGGAUCUUGGCUUUGCCUCUGAACAGAGAAGAGGCACAGCCAGAGGUCAAGUGGCAGUACAAGGAGAGCUGGGUCUGGUUCUGCUACCUCUGCUCUUAUUUGCAUCAGUAGCAGUUGCUGGGUGAAGUUAUUGUUCAUUCCUCUUCUUCCCAUUGUCCCUAACUUACUUGGGCAUAUCUCUCUCUAUGGGUGUCUGCUUGGCAAGGUAGUCUUGUUCCUAAGACUAAAUACCCUUCUCCCAUAUGGAUGAGAGGAAUAUAACUUCCUACUGUCCCCCCUUACUGAUGUCUGGCUCCUGGCACAGCUGAAAUUUGUUUAGCUCUGAGAAAAAUUACCUAGGGGGCAUGGUCCAGGCAUUCUGCAUGUGUCAGAUGCCUUACCUACCAAAGGGGUGGAUGCUGUGUACAGACAGGGCAGUCCCAGGAGGGGUUUGGUGCCUUUGUCUGUAGCCUGUGGUGCUGUGCUCCCUAUGCUGAGGAUGAUGGUGGCUAACAGAUUUGGCCUUUAGGGCCUUGGCUGUUGCAGUCCUAAUGCGUUCACACUGUCUCCCAGGCACGGGAGAGUUUUAGUCAUGCUUGAAUGUGUCUCAUUUGUCUGCCCUGUGCAAUGACUCAUAAGGAUGCUUCUUCCCAGAGCAGCCGCUAACUGUUCCCAGAGUCUAUCAUUUCCAAAGUAUUUUUAAUCUUUGUCUUUAUUUAUAUAUGCUAUGUAAGUACUGUUGCAGACUGUUGCCUUUCUGUGUGUUCAUGUGAAAACCCCAUAUUAAAUGCUUUUAUUUUUAGUGA